GAGGCAGGCCUGGCGCUUGUCAGACAGACACAGACCCAAGCUCCGACACUCACUGGCAGACAGCUCAGAAAUCGAAUCUUUUAGUGAAAUUUCCUGAAACACACCAGCAGCGACAAAUCCCGAAAGGAUGCCGCAAUCCACCACACGUUAUGUUCUCCUCACACUUAUCAUAAUGAUACACAGUGUUUUAGGAACCAUUAAUUACGCCAUCUAUACUGAUGAGAACUAUCCUGGCAAGUGCGUAAUCAACACAGAGAAUGACCAGAAAAUAAUCGGAGAAGGCGAAAUUAUUCCUCAUCCCAAAAGGUGCGGUCGAAUUGAAUGCGGAAGGGAGGGAUGGGCCGUGGUCCAUACAUGUCACGAGGGGAACGAUGUGCCCGAUGGCUGUGAAUAUGAUCGCUCCAGAUACUUUGAUCUUUCGUAUCCCGCUUGCUGCCGGUCUCCUGUGAUUUGCAAUGAAAUUUAACAGAGAUUUAAGAGAGUGGUUCCUCAAAAUAGUUCUAAAAAUUUGUGUGUGCCAGUCAAGAAUGCGUUUAAAAAAUGUGUAACUUUGUGAACAUCCAAAUAAAAACUUCAGUAAAUAAAAAUUUAAUCCAAAUAGUCUUUGUUUUACUUCAAAUUCUGUAAUUCCAAAAUAAAUUAUAGUACUUUUCAAAGAAAUCUUUCACUAUAAGAACAUUUUGAGUUUAAAUAUGUCCGCGUCCUUCUGGUUGCUGUCCAUCACGCUCCUGUCAAGCCUCUUAAUCGCGGCUAAAGCAGCCGAAUGGCAAGGACUCUACAGUCAUCCUGACCAUCCCGGUAAGUGCACCAUCAGCCCGAAACUCAUCCUCGACCCGGGCGUAAGCAUCAAGGAUCCCACGCACGACUGCCGUCAAAUUGUGUGCGGAAUGAACGGCUGGGCCGUGUUCCACAGUUGCGGAGUCAGCAUACCGCACCCGCCCUGCCGCAACGGGGACUACAUGGAUCCGGAGUUGCCUUACCCGGAAUGCUGCACUCGCACCCUGUUCUGCAACUAGGCAGGCCUAGAAGAUCCGAGAAGUGUCAUUCCAGUUAUCAUUUUCCCAAAAUACUUCAUUCCAAAAUGUUGAACACGAAAACUUUGUAUUUGUUCGGACUUCUCUGGUGCAUGGGAUUGCUCCAAGCCAGGGCGGAAUUGUCAUUAAAUAACUAUGGAGACCCAGCCUAUCCGGGCCGUUGUGUGAUCGAUGAUGGG